AUGGAGUCUAUAGCCAUGAAAGGAAUCAAAGAUCUGGCCAGAAUCUUCCAGCCUCUGGAUCCCGAGCUUCAGGAGAUUCAUCUAAGGAAGCCAUUCGAGAUCAGAGAUGACUUAUGGUAUAGUGGCGGAUGGUUGGUUAUCCCCAAGAUGGAUGGGCAAAUGGAAAGGGUCAAUCAAGUAGUAGAGCAGUACCUUCGUAUGUACUGCAACUAUGAACAGAAUGACUGGGCCGGCUUGCUCGACACUGCAGCAUUUGUGUACAACAAUACUGUACACAAUAGCAUCAGUGUCUUGCUGUUCUUUGCAUGUUAUGGAUGGAACCUGAAAGCCCAUCCUGACAUUCCUCAACAACUAGGAGUGAACAACCCUGAAUGUUCUGAAUACUUGCUUGAUGGUAAAGAGCACUGCAAGUAUCUUCAAGAACAGAUCAGGGAGGCACAGUGUCAUACUGUCAAUCAUUAUAACCGAAGACACAAGGACAUAGAAUUUAAGGUUGGCAACAUGGUCUACAUCAAUCACAAGAAUUGGAAGACCAGGCGACCCACACCAAAGCUGGACACCAGAUUCACAGGACCUUAUCUGGUACAAGAAAGGGUGGGCCAACGAGCCUAUAGAAUCACAUUGCCAGCAACCCUCAGAGUUCAUGAUGUGUUCCAUGUGUCCUUGCUUGAACCAGCAAGGAAUAACGAGGAUCUUGACUUCGAAGUUGAAGCCAUUGUCAGCAAGCGUUCACACAAUGAGGUGACAGAAUACAAGGUGCUUUGGAGGGGGUAUCCAGAGGAGGCUGCCUCUUGGGAACCAUUGUUGAAUCUCAACUGUCCUGACCUCAUCCGGGAGUAUGAGGUUUCGGUGGGGGGACGAGGCUAA